AUGGAGCUGAUCCCCAGCCUUUCCACAGAAACCUGGGUGUUGCUGGCUACCAUCCUGGUGCUCCUCUACAUAUAUGGCUCCUAUUCUCAUGGAGUUUUUAAGAAGCUCGGCAUUCCUGGACCCAAACCUCUGCCUUUUUUAGGCACUAUUUUGGUUUACCGAGAUGGUUUGUGGAAGUUUGAUCUAGACUGCUAUAGAAAGUAUGGGAAAAUAUGGGGGUUUUAUGAUGGUCGACAGCCUGUACUGGCUAUCACGGAUCCAUAGGUCAUCAAAACAGUUCUGGUGAAAGAAUGCUACUCAGUCUUCACAAACCGUCGGACUUUUGGUCCAGUUGGAUCUAUGAAAAAGGCCAUUACCUUAUCUGAGGAUGAAGAAUGGAAGAGACUUCGAACACUGCUGUCUCCAACUUUCACCAGUGGGAAACUCAAGGAGAUGUUCCCCAUCAUUGGACAGUAUGGAGAUACAUUGGUGAAAAACUUGAGACGCGAAGAAGAGAAAGGGAAGCCUAUCAAUAUGAAAGACAUCCUUGGAGCUUAUAGCAUGGAUGUGAUAACUGGCACAUCAUUUGGAGUGAACAUCGACUCCCUCAACAACCCAGAUGAUCCCUUUGUGCAGAAAGUCAAGAAGAUCUUAACACGUGUGGAUUUUCUUGACCCAUUCCUUCUCUCUGUAUUUAUGCUUCCAUUCCUUACUCCAAUGUAUGAGAUGCUAAGUAUCUCUAUUUUUCCAAACUGGCUAAUGGACUUUUUCUAUGAAUUUGUAAAAAAGAUGAAGCAAAAUCACCUUGAAACAAAUCAGAAGACCCGAAUGGAUUUUCUUCACCUGAUGAUGAACUCCAAAGGUAAAGAGUCCCCUAAAGCUCUGUCUGACAUGGAGACCACAGCCCAGUCAGUUGUUUUCAUUUUCGCUGGCUAUGAAGCCACAAGCACGUCCAUCACCUUUAUUAUGUAUACACUAGCCACCCACCCUGAUGUACAGAAGAAACUCCAGGAUGAGAUUGACAGAGCUCUGCCCAAUAAGGCACCUGUCACCUAUGAUGCCCUAAUGGGCAUGGAGUACCUGGACAUGGUGGUAAAUGAAACUCUCAGAUUGUACCCAGCUGCUAACAGGCUAGACAGGAUCUCUAAGAAAGAUGUGGAAAUCAAUGGUGUGUUCAUUCCUAAAGGGAUUGCAGUCAUGAUACCAACUUAUCCUCUUCAUCGGGCCCCUGAGUACUACCCAGAGCCUGAGGAGUUCCGCCCUGAAAGGUUCAGCAAGGAGAACAAGGGCAGCAUUGAUCCAUAUGUCUACCUGCCCUUUGGGAAUGGGCCCAGGAACUGUCUUGGCAUGAGGUUUGCCCUCAUCAACAUGAAACUGGCUGUCAUCAGGGUCCUGCAGAACUUCACCCUCCAGCCCUGAGAGGAAACGCAGAUACCCUUGAUAUUAAGCAAGAAAACAAUUUUUCAACCGGAAAAGCCCAUCAUCCUGAAUGUUGUGUCAAGAUAA